CUAACCUCUCUCACCAACUCACAUCUAGAAGAAAUUAUCUCUCUCUCUCUCUCUCUCUCUCUCUCAGUCAAAAGCCUAUAUAAAAUCCCAUCUCACCUCCUCUCAAGGGCCGGCCUUAAUGUUCCAGCAACAACUCCAAGAACUUAACGGCCUCCAUUUUCCACCAAAUUCACUAAGAAAUUCUUUUUUGUUUUGAAAAAAGAAAAUUUAAGUGAUAGCUGAUACUGCUUCUUCUUCUACUUCAAAAUGGGAAGGUCUCCUUGCUGUGAAAAAGCUCAUACAAAUAAAGGUGCAUGGACCAAAGAAGAAGAUGAUCGUCUUAUUGCUUAUAUUAGAGCUCAUGGUGAAGGUUGCUGGCGUUCUCUUCCUAAAGCUGCUGGCCUUCUUAGAUGUGGCAAAAGUUGCAGACUUCGUUGGAUCAACUAUUUAAGACCUGACCUUAAACGUGGGAAUUUCACUGAAGAAGAAGAUGAACUCAUUAUCAAACUCCACAGCCUCCUUGGCAACAAAUGGUCUCUUAUAGCUGGGAGAUUACCAGGAAGAACAGAUAAUGAGAUAAAAAAUUAUUGGAACACACACAUAAGAAGAAAGCUUUUGAACAGAGGAAUAGAUCCUGCAACUCACAGGCCACUCCACGAGCCGGCACAGGAAUCAGCAGUAGCAGCAACGACGACAACAACAAUAUCUUUCAGCCAUGUUAAAGAAGAAAAAGACAAGAUUAUCUGCACAACUGCAGCUGUAUGUAAAGAAGAAAAAAACCCAAUUCAAGAAAGGUGUCCAGACUUGAAUCUUGAACUUAGAAUCAGCCUUCCAUACCAAAGCCAGCAGCCGGAGGCUAUGAAAACUGGAGCCAGAGGUCUUUGUUUUGCUUGCAGGCUGGGGCUACAAAACAGCAAAGACUGCAGUUGCAAUCUGGGUUCCAGUAGCAGUGGGAGCAGUAACUCUGGCUACGACUUCUUAGCCACGAAAAGUGGUGUUUUGGAUUAUAGAAGCCUGGAGAUGAAAUAAGAUACGAAACUAUUCUUGAUCUUGUAGCUGAAAAGAAAUUGAGAGAAAUGAGAAAAGGGUUUGUUAUUAGAUUGAAAAUCUGUCUAAAUUUUCUAUAUUUUCUCUAAUCUGUAUCAUUAUUAGAGCAUAAAUUUUAUAAAUAUAUAUACACUGCUAGUACAGGUGGUUAUAAUU